AUGUCGUCACCUGGUGCUGCCGUACUGACUUUCAGGAUUGAAAGCAAGCAUGAAGUGACAAUAACAGGGGGUAUAAAUGAGUUUGCUGUGAAAUUUUAUGGCCCUAAAGGAACUGCCUAUGAAGGGGGAGUAUGGCGUGUUCGUGUUGAUUUGCCGGAGAAGUACCCAUUUAAAUCGCCUUCAAUUGGUUUUAUGAAUCGCAUUUAUCAUCCUAAUAUAGACGAAGCAUCAGGCACUGUUUGUCUUGAUGUCAUCAACCAAGCGUGGAGUGCCUUAUACGGUGAAUCUAUACAUAUGCGCUAUCUUACGAACAUUUUUGAGUCGUUUUUGCCCCAACUGUUAACAUAUCCAAAUCCAACGGAUCCGUUGAAUGGUGAUGCUGCAGCACUGUAUCUGCACAAGCCUGAAGAAUUCAAAAAGAAGUGUCGGGAAUAUAUUGUCAAAUAUGCUACUGAGGAAGCUUUAAAAAAUUGUAAAAAAAUGGAAGUUGACAAUGAUCCUGAAAGUUCGUCGAGUGAUGACGAGUCGAGCUCUACUAUAUCCGAUUUUUCAGAAGGUUUGUUACAGUGA